GUCUUACAGGGAAAGGACAGUCAAAGAGGAUUUCUGCCUGUGAAGAGAGGUGAUUGGUUUCGUGCUACCUUUUUUUACCUUUAGAAGCUCAGAACCAGCUGCCUCACCAUGAACCUCUCAGAGCAGCUUUCAUCCCUCUUCAGCUGUAACGUCAGCCCCAGUGACACCCCGCAGCUUGACAUAGGCGUCACCAAACAUGAGCCGCUGGCAAUCGCUGUCCCGAUGACCAUCUUCUACAGCAUCAUCUUCUUGUGCGGGGUCUUAUUCAAUGGUGUGAGCAUAAUGACCCUCCUAAUGGAUGCCCAAAUGCGAGUCAGCGCCAUUCGUUUCUACCUCCUCAGCCUCGUCAUAUCAGACAUUCUGCAGCUUUUGACCAUCCCAGUAACGUUGUAUCGCUAUUACUGGGAGAGCUACCCGUGGCGUCUGGGCCAAGUGGUAUGUAAGGUCUACUUCAUGGUCCGCCAACUGUACUGUGCCACCACCAGCUGGGUCAUCAUGACCUUCACCACUGAGCGCUACGCAGCCAUUUGCCACACCAUGUGGUCUGUCUCCAGCCUGAAGAAGUCUCGGCUGCCGUGCCUUCUUUUAGUAUGGAUCGUUUCUCUGGUCUCAGCAGUACCCUUUGCUCUGGUCUAUGACGAGGCUCGCGCCUGCAUCCUGGACUACACGGCCACCACUCGAGAAGAGGCCUUUCAUGUCUCCACCAUGUGCGAGAUGACAGAGUCUGAUCCCGCACACAUCUACAAAAGUGCUCUACUUCUGAGAGCGGGGAUUUUUUUUCUGGUCCCACUGGUCACCAUCUUCACGCUCUAUCUGCUCAUCUUGUUCUACCUGAGGAGGAACGGACGCCAGAGGAGAAACAUGGGUCUCACACGGCCGGAUCCAGAAGGAAGACGAGACAUCCAGUGCCAUCAGAACGGGAAGUUACUUUUGAACGAAAAGAGAGCUCUCAAACUUAUGGGUGCAGUCGUGGUGGCCUUUUUUGUUUGCAACUUUCCAGACAUCGCCUCCUCACUGAUGCAGGUCUAUGUGGUUGUGUGGUCUGACACGGUCCUCACCGUCUACACCAUCCUGAAAUCGUACUUGUCCCUUCCACUGUGGUAUAUCAACGGUGCUUUGGACCCGCUGCUGUUCUGCAUUUCCUCCCACACAUUUCGCAGGGCGUGCUGGAGAACUCUGGGUAGGCUCAGGCCUUAAUGCCAGAAGUACAGGAGAUUGUCUUGGCUGCAGUAGAGAAGUUCAAGCGAAGAAGCAGGCACAACAACCGGAGAGAAUACUGAUGGUAGAUGCUACCGAGAGCCGAUGGACAAAAGGAGAAAAAGAGGCACCCCCAUGACAGUUCAGAAAGAUGGAGAUAGCCAUGACAGCCUGUUUCAAUGCGAGCUGCAAUCAUCAAUUUUUGCAGCUCUUUUCUCUGUUUCUACAUGUGAUCCAUAUUUCAAGAGGUUACUGUAACAUCUACAUCCUUCACUAAACCACUUAUUUCUAUACACGAUACACACACACGCGCGCGCGCACACACACACACACACACACAAAUCCAUAAGUGUCAAAAUAUUUGGACAAAACUGAAAUUUGAUGCUUUGACAACAUUGUCCUUGAAGCUUCAUACCCUUAAAAAUAAUUUCCUAAUUUAACUGAGUAACAACAACAAUCAUUCUAAACUCUGUGUUUUACCCCUUUACACCAUAACAAAUGCCUCAGUUUGAGAUGUAAAAUCCAAAUACAUCUUUGUGAGAGUUUCUCAGAGUGUUAUUUAAAUCGUUUAUGACAGUAGUAUAUUGGUGUGUCAUGUUAUUGCAUUGAAUUAAGUUCAGAGUCUUGGAUAUUUCUGGUUUUGUGCAGUCAAAUAACAUGUGUUCUCUUUCAGAUGCUUUUUUGUCCCGCUAGAAACAUAUAGUGUUUUGUCAGUGUUUUACAGCUUACAUUAUUGUCACUGCAGUGAAGAUAUUAAUUUGGGGAUAUUAUUUUUACAUUAAGUGCCAUACCACAUUUCCAAAGUUUCCCUGAAAAUAAUGAAAGAAAGACAUGUUAUUAUAUGUGUAUUAUGUUGAGUCUGAAAUAUAUGUUGUACAAAAGUA